AUGAAGUACACCUAUGGCAAAGGGGCGCCUCUGUUGGAGCUGUUCCAGUUCUUGACCGAAAUUCCGAUCUUUGGCCGGCUUGCGAAGCUGCCGGUCAUGACCGUGCCGCACGUGUUUCGAGUCCCAAAGAACUUUCUUUUGAUGAACCAGCUCAGAGGAUGCAUCGAACGACAAGGUGGGCGGAAGGACUUCCUCACCGCCAUCCUCUCCGCAAAGGAGUCAGCAGGCCUGACCCAAGCUGAAAUCCUGAGCAACUCGGCUCUCUUCGCUAUGGUUGGUUAUGACACCUCCGCCACGACUCUGUCCGCCGUGUUCUACCACGUGCUUCGGGGACCCGACCACUACAGACGGAUCCAGAAAGAGGUCCGUGGUGCUUACUCGUCGGUCUCGGAUAUCACGGCGCAGAGCGUGCUGCGUCUCUCGUACUUGAACGCGUGCGUCCAGGAGACGCUCCGCCUCACGCCGCCCAUCAACGGGCGCGGGUCGCACCGCAUCUCCCCGGGCGCCACGAUCGACGGGCUCUACGUGCCCAAGGGCGUCAACGUGUCGGCCGACAUCUGGACGAUCCAGCGCAGGCCCGAGUACUGGGCACUCGCGGACAAGUUCAGACCCGACCGGUGGACUGACAACGGCCCGGGGACCGUGUUCGAGCACGACGUUCGGACGAGCUACCGACCCUUCCUGGUGGGACCGCGGGUGUGCAUUGGUCGCGAGAUGGCGCUGCAAUCCAUCCGUCUGACCGUGGCCAAGAUCGCUUUCGUCUACGACCUGGAGAUGGCGAACAGGGACACUUUCGUGUGGGAGAGGGACGCCGGGAACGAUUAUGUCUGGCACGACUACAAUGUUCUGGUGAGGAAGGCUACCUGA